CAACGAUGAAAGGGAAUAAAGUGGCCUGCUCGCCCUGCUCGACCGAGCUUUGCGACGAGAGACAGAAAGUCAGACGAUACCAACAAUUUAUUGCCGUCCAGAGUGACAUACCUUCCUCUUUCCACUUGACGGUUUCUUCUUCCUUGUGUCCGCCAGCGAUCUUGUCGUCAUACAUCAGCUUGAAGAUUGUCGAUUUGAGAAAAUAUACUUUUUGCACACGAACGGACAUAAGCCUGACGACAUAGACACUCCAAUGGCACCACACGCCGACGUCCCCGAAAUGGCUCUCGAGAGUGUUCCUGAGCGCAUUGGCUCCAAGUUCAGGACACACCUCCACCCAACACCACAAGACGAUGUACACGAUGUAGUCUGCGUAGGCUUCGGUCCUGCCGCACUGGCAAUCGCAGUUGCUCUGCACGAUUCCACCAAGCAGACGGGAAAGCAGCAAGCGCAGCUCAAGACACAGCCCAAGGUCGCCUUCCUCGAGAGACAAGAACACUUUGCAUGGCACGCCGGCAUGCAGAUUCCUGGUGCAAAGAUGCAAAUCUCCUUCAUCAAGGACAUGGCGACGAUGCGCAACCCUCGCAGCGAAUUCACCUUCCUCAACUACCUGCACGAGAACAAGCGUCUGGUGCAGUUCACCAACCUCGGCACUUUCCUGCCCCGUCGCAUCGAGUACGAGGACUACCUUCGCUGGUGUGCUGGCUGGUUCCAGAGCUUGGUUUCGUACGGAGAAGAGGUGGUCGACAUCUCGCCUGAUAGCCAGGCCAACAGCGCCGAGGGCGUGACAACAUGGACAAUCACAUCUCGCAACAUUCACACGCGCGAACUCGGCUUCCGCCGUACGAAACGUGUCGUUGUUGCUGUCGGCGGCCACCCUAGAAUCCCCGAGGCCUUCCCCCAGCACCACCCUCGCAUCGUCCACUCAUCCCAAUACUGGACUCUUUCCUCGCGCAUCUUCCUCGACCGCAACGCUCCUCUUAACAUCGCCGUCAUUGGCUCUGGUCAAUCGGCUGCCGAGAUCUUCCAGAACAUCCCUACUCAGUUCCCCAACUCAAAGGCCUACCUCUUGAUCAGAGGCGCCGCUCUCAGACCCUCGGACGACUCGCCCUUUGUCAACGAGGUCUUCGAUCCGGAGCGUACCGAUGACACCUUCAACCAAGAUCCCGCCGUUCGUGCUCAGGCCAUCAAGAUGGACAAGGCCACCAACUAUGGUGUCGUUCGUCUUGAGCUGCUGGAACACAUGUACGACUGCCUGUAUACUCAGCGUCUGGUUCACGGCGACGACGAGUCCAAGUGGCCCCAACGCCUGCUCAACCACCGCGAAGUCGAGAAUGUGACCGAGCUACCCAACGACCGUGUGCGUCUACACAUCAGAAACGACACUGCAAAGUUCAGACGUGCCAAGGGCUCUACCAACGAGUCUCUGGAUGUCGACUUGGUCAUGAUCGCCAGUGGUUACAGAAGAGAUCACCACGAGCAGUUGCUGUCCAAGGUCAGACCUAUGAUGCCUGGUGGUGAUAAGCCUGGGCAGAAGUGGACUGUCAAUCGCGAGUACAAGGUGCAAUUUGAGCAAGGCGCUGUGGCCAAGGACUCCGGCGUCUGGCUGCAGGGUUGCAACGAGGGUACCCAUGGUCUGAGUGACUCCCUCCUCUCCGUGCUCGCCAUCCGCGGCGGUGAAAUGGUCGAGUCCAUGUUCGGCAACCAAUAAAUCACCAAAUCCCUACCUCGGUACCCUUCCCAUCUCAAACGUCGCCACUUCCCCCUUUUCGAGGAAUAAACCCAGUGCGACAAAGAAACAAGACACGGUAACCAACCUCCAAACAAAACAAAAUCUGGAAAAAGUGUCAAAUAGAGCGAUGGCGUUUGUUUUUCUAUACUUGUACCAAAAAGACUUGGGGCUACGGCAAGACUUCUCGCUUGAAAUAGAUGCAUACACAAUUCUCCUGUUUUACUGUUUACUUGUCUGUCACAACUAUAUCUUCCUUGCCUGUCUCACGUUCAGCUGCUUGACACCGAAAUAUAUCUGCUUCUACCUACUGCCACCCA